GUUCAUGCUGUUCAUUCUCACUUCGGCUCAUUGUUGCAUUCCGGUAGAUGCUCUCCAACAAUCCCGUCCACAUGGCUCGCACGAACGCUGGACCUGCAGAGGAACACACCGUAACGAUAACGGGCGGAAAUUCAUUUCUUUCUUCGUGCAGAGCGAGGUACGUCAACCAGCGCCAGCGGUAGCUUUUAUGGCUGAUUUUCCUCAAUUUAGAGGAUCCCUUUCCAUCCCUCCCGGUGCUGGUGGUGGCUUCCGAUGUCGAUGCCGAUGAUAAACAAAGCCGGUGUUUUGUGCUGCCGACAUCCCACCAUGUGAUUGCCGUAAUGAUAGCGACGCGACGACGGACGGCGAUGAUGUGGUGGGUGGUGUUCCCCGGCCGGUGUCUCGCUCGCUACACCAACCAAGGAUGUGUCUUCUGGUCUGGCAGGACCAAGCGGAUAGUCAGUUAGUCUAGCAGCGGCGCCCAAAGCGAGCGGAAGUGAUUUUCUCGGAUCUCUCGGUUCCGAUAGUUGGUGGUUAUGUUUGAUGUUAUUGGUCUUAUACUUAGAGUGGAUAUGGACCUCUUGCUUGGAGGAAUCGUUUGGAAGGACUUGUCGUUUUCUUUGCUUCCGUGAAAUUUGAGCUUCGAAGAUAAAUCGAAUGUAAUUUGAUGUUCUACAAAUAGCCACCGGGAGGAAGAAAAAUAAACGGAUAGGCGGUUAAACACGAAGACACGCAGUCGUGGGACAACAAAACGUGACCGGUCACGCAGAGGAAAAGAAAAAAAAAUACAUUCGAAGUGUGAUUAAAAGAAUAAAGUGUAAAUCGUAAAAUUAAAAACAAACAAACCACAGCACGAUUAAUACUGUGUGGAAAAACGGGAUCAUCUGCAGCCAAGAUGCCGCUACCCCCAACCAUGACGACAACGACGACGACGACGACUACGCCGGGGACGAUAGAGCCGGCUACUUUGGAAUCAAGUGGGUAAAGCUGUUCCUGUUCCACGAAUCGUUCAACGGCUUACACACAUCAGGACCAUCACUCACAGAAGGACCCCGUUCGUUCGUUGCGUUGGUUCAUUCUUAGCGCUGACUGACUGCGAGAAGACGCUCACUCACCGAUUCCGAGACUAACGCGCGACGAUGCGUAAAAUCACGUGAAAUCGCAACGUGUUUGGAAUCUCGAUUGGGAAGAAGAAUUUUUGGUGCUAUUUACAAAGUGAAUUUUCGAAGGGAAAAAUUAAGCGGAUUUCAGUUUGGCGGUAGGUGGAUGGGAAAUUUAAAAAUCGGUGCUUGAUUUGGGGGUUGAGUGAUGACGACGGUUUCACAAAGUAAUACCUGAAUGUGGCAGAGGUCAAGAUUUAGUGGAGGAAUUCGAAGAAUUUUAACGGUUAUUACUUGAGUGGGUUGCUGAAGGUGAACCAGUGAAAUUAUUACAGCAGAGCUAAAUUGUUUUGCUGAAACAUCGUGCUCCAGAUUUUGUGAGGAAGAAUGGCCAUCCUUCAUUCAUGUUGCCUUUAUAGAACGGUACGGAAAGGAAGCUACGCCAGUGUCAUCUAUACAUUUUUUUAUUUCGGAAUUUCCUGCAUAACUUUGUCGAUAUUUGUGCACGACGAGCGCAAAUUCCUGAAAGGGGAGGUGGACAAGCCCAGCGGAGAAAGUUUUCUGGAAAAAGAAAGCAUAUCAACAGUGACUGUGAUAUUCAACAUGAUGCUACUCGGCUGUGCCAGUCUCGGAGUGGUUUCAUCGGUGCUAGUGAUAAUAGGACUGAGGAUGGAUAAACGGACUCUGCUGCUGCCGUGGAUUGUUGUGAUGAUUGCCGAUUUGCUGGUGGAGUGCGCCCAUUUCGUCUAUCUCAUUGUGAUACAGACGCUGCAGUUUGAGCCAGUUACGGCGAUGCUGUUCACAAUUGAUUUCUUCAUUAUGUGUCUUAAUAUUUAUUGCCUGCUAUGUGUGAUAUCGCAAUACCAGGAGUACAAAGCCGGCCGGGGAGCAGCGGAGGAGGACUCCUACACCAGUACCGUGCACAUUCAGUACAGUCCACCGGUAGCCACUUGUCUACCCCCCGGGAAAUCAAUACUUAGCCCGAUGAUGUGUCCCCACACCAACUGCACGCUGAUACCGGAAGAAACCCAAAUCAACGGAGCGAUACUAGGAAGUACACCAAUUAAGUCUCCUCCGGUAUUCAGCAGGCAGAACUCGCUGUUGCUGAAAAAGCACGUCAAAUUCAAUCCUACCGAGAAGGCGAAAGUGUGCUGUAGUGGCGUCAUACAUCCGGAAAACGUGUUGACGAAGGAUGGUACGAAACCCAACGGGCACAUGGUGCAAAUAGAAGCGCUUCCCGAGUACAACGAGGAAAUCCUUUCCUGGAAGGAACAAAAACUGGCGGCCAAGCAUUUUAAUCCACCGGAAAAGUAGGAUAAAUGGAUUUCCCACCCACAGUUGACCAACCGAAACCUUACUACGAUGGUGCUGCUGCAGUAAUGAGGCGAGGGCGGCGUUCUUCCGAGAAGCGAAUUAAAAUCACCUAUUCUUUUUUUUACCACGCAACAAGCAUUGGUUCAUCAUCCGGUCAUAAUUUGCUCGCAUCAGCUAGCCAUGUUUGUCCAGCACCCACAUCACUUUCACUAUAUUAGGUAGACAUGAUGCUUCAUUGCAUAUCGUUUGUCAACUUUUUUUUUAUGUUGUUAUGUGUACAGGAAGAAAAAGUGAUGAUUAUCAUGAAGUAUGAUUUAUUCACACUCUAGUGAACCAACGCGGGCAAAGGUUCGAAAGUAAUAUCAUAGUUGCCGAAACCUUCAGAGCAAUUAGAGCAUGUAACAGAAAAUUCAAGUGCAAUGUCUCUUAACAUAUUUGUUCUUUGUUGGUUUUGUAUCCCUUCUAAUGAGACAAAACUAGACUGAAUAUGUCUUGAAAAACUAACGAUUAAAAAUGUUUUUUCUAACUGUUGUCAAUGAAAGAGGGCCCAAUCUGCUUUCGAAACUUCAAAGAAAAAAAAUAAGAUAAUUGAUGGCAUAGAAUUACCAAUCUUCUAAUGGCUACCGGUGUUUCUUCAUUCAUUAAAAUUUAUAUUUUGCAGCAUAGUACAAUACACAACAGAUAAAAUUGGAAUUAUACUAGAACAUAAAAAAUGUUCUGCGGUAAUAAGGUAGGUAACGAUAUUAUCGACAUCAUCGUUGGGACCUUUUACACCUUCACCUUGUU